AAGGGUCCGAUGACGAAGAGGACAAGCUACCUCGGGCCAAGUACAAGCAGCGCGCCAAGCAGUACCUGGUGGACGUGGUGCGGGAGGGCGGCGGACGGGUGGAGCUGGCGACGGCCGACUUCCACCCGGGCCUCCACGUGCUCGUCACCGGCUACACCAAUGGCUCUUUCCUCAUCCAUGAGAUGCCAGACGUCACGCUCAUACACUCCCUGAGCGUGUCGGACCAGGUGGUCUCGUCAGUGACGCUCAGCCCGGCCGGCGACUGGGUGGGCCUGGCCUGCUCCGGCCUUGGCCAGCUGCUCGUCUGGGAGUGGCAGUCCGAGACGUACGUCCUGAAGCAGCAGGGCCACAGCAACAACAUGACCUCGCUGGCGUACUCGCCGGGCGGGGAGCUGCUCGUCACUGGCGGCGAGGAUGGAAAGGUCAAGGUGUGGAACACUCUGUCUGGCUUCUGCUUCGUCACGUUCGUGGAGCACACGGCCGCCGUGUCGGGCGUGGCGCUCACGCAGUCGGGCAAGGCCGUCCUCUCGGCGUCGCUGGACGGCACGGUGCGCGCGUUCGACCUCACCAGGUACCGUAACUUCCGCACGCUGACGUCGCCGCGUCCGGCCCAGUUCAGCUGUCUGGCGGUGGACAGCAGCGGCGAACUAGUGGCCGCCGGAGCUCAGGACUCGUUCGAGAUCUACCUGUGGUCGCUCCAGCUCGGCAAACUGCUCGAGGUACUGAGCGGCCACCAGGGCCCGGUGAGCGGGCUGGCGUUCAGCCCCGACCCGACCUCCACCACGCUGGCGUCCGUCAGCUGGGACAAGACGCUCAGGCUCUGGGACACCAUCCAGUCCAAGGGGCAGCGCGAGACCAUCGACCUCCUCUCAGACGGUCUGGCGGUGGCAUACCGGCCGGACGGCGGCGAGCUGGCCGUGGCCACGCUCAGCGGCCAGAUCCAGAUGUUCGACCCGGCCUGGGCGGCGCAGACGGGCGCCAUCGAGGGCCGGGCCGACCUGGGCAGCGGCCGCGCCGACGCCGACCAUAUCACCGCCAAGAAGAGCCUCCAGGGCAAGGCCUUCAACACGCUCUGCUACACGGCCGACGGCAAGUGCGUGCUGGCCGCCGGCCACUCCAAGAACGUUUGCCUCUACCACGUGGCCGAGCGUCUGCUGCUCGCGAAGUUCGAGAUCACGCAGAAUCGCUCGUUCGACGCCGUCGACGACUUCAUCCACAAGCGCAAGAUGACCGAGUUCGGUAACCUGUCGCUGGUGGAGAGCCGGGGGGAGGACGCCGACGAUAUCCACGUGCGGAUGCCGGGCGCCAAGCGGGGCGACAUGGCGGCGCGCGCCCUGCGGCCGGAGAUACGCGUCCUGGCCGUCCGCUUCUCACCCACCGGUGAGGCGUGGGGCGCCGUCACCACCGAAGGUCUGCUCAUCUACUCGCUGGACCCCAGCCUGGUGUUCGAGCCGUUCCAGCUGGAGGAGAACAUCACCGAAAGCUCGGUGUUGGCCAAGCUGAAGGCCGGCGACCCUGCGCGCGCCCUGCUCAUGGCGCUCCACCUGAACGUACUGCCCGUCACACGCCGCGUGCUGGAGAGCGUGCCGCACAGCAGCGUCGAGGCCGUGGUGACGGGCCUGCCGCACCGGUACGUGGAGCGGCUGCUGGCGUUCGUGGCCGCCGAGCUGGAGACCACCCGCCACCUGGAGUUCUACACGCUGUGGGCGCACAGUCUGACGCAGCAGCACGCCGGCUGGCUGCGCAGCCACGUACUCAGUGUGACGCCGCUGCUCCGGCAGCUGCAGAAGGCGCUCACCGCCAAACAGAAGUCGCUGGGCCAAAUCUGUGAUCACAACAAGUAUCUGCUGCGGUACCUGAGCACGCUGGGUCAGCUGCGGUCGGCGGCGCCGCCCCUGAAGCGGCCCGCCGGGGAGGGUCACGCCCAGGACUCGGCCGAGUCCGGGCCCGAGUCCGACCACGUGUCCGACGAUGAGGAGGUGGCCAUGGUGGCUGGCCCGGCCCCCUGGUGGCCCGCGCGCCUGUGUACCGACCGCCGCCGCAGCCUGUGUAUACGGCAGGCCGCCCGAGACCUGGUGUGCCUCGCCCUGUCACCGUCAGUGGCCGACGGAGACCUGGUGUGCCUCGCCCCCUCCGUGGUCAACAGAGGCCUGGCGUACCUCGCCCCGCCCCCAGGCCUGGCGUACCUCGCCCUGUUCCCGUCAGUGGCCGACGGAGACCUGGUGUGCCUCGCCCCCUCUGUGGCCGACAGAGGCCUGGCGUACUUCGCCCUGUCACCGUCAGUGGCCGACGGAGACCUGGUGUGCCUCGCCCCCUCCGUGGCCGACAGAGGCCUGGCGUACCUCGCCCUGUUCCCAGGCCUGGCGUACCUCGCCCUGUCACCGUCAGUGGCCGACGGAGACCUGGUGUGCCUCGCCCCCUCCGUGGCCGACAGAGGCCUGGCGUACCUCGCCCCGCCCCCGUCAGUGGCCGAUAGAGGCCUGAGACCUGGUGUGCCUCGCCCCGUCCGUGGCCGACGGCGCUCGCUGUAG